AUGGGUUCUACUGAUCGUCCUGAACCUCUACGGCUGGGUUCAAUUGCCCCCAACUUUCAAGCCGAGACCACCAAAGGCCCCAUUGACUUCCACGAGUUCAUCGGCAACAACUGGGUCGUCCUGUUCUCCCACCCCGAGGAUUUCACCCCCGUCUGCACCACCGAGCUGGGAGCGUUUGCCAAAUUGGAACCCGAGUUUACAAGAAGAGGCGUCAAGUUGAUCGGUCUUUCAGCAAACACCAUCGACAGCCAUGGACAGUGGAUUGCAGACAUCAAUGAGAUAAGCGGCAGCAAUUUACAAUUUCCUAUAAUCGGCGACAAGCAGAGACAAGUUGCGCUGUUGUACGACAUGUUGGACAAGCAAGACGCCACCAAUGUUGACGAGAAGGGCAUCGCGUUUACCAUCCGAUCGGUCUUCGUCAUCGACCCCAAGAAGACUAUCCGCACCAUUCUCUCCUACCCUGCCUCGACUGGUCGCAACACGGCUGAAGUCCUCCGAAUCGUCGACUCUCUGCAGACCGGCGACAAGCACAAGGUCACCACUCCCAUCAACUGGGUUCCAGGUGAUGACGUGAUUGUCCACCCGAGCGUCAAGACCGAGCAGGCGAAGGAUAUCUUCCCGGACAUGAAGAUCAUCAAGCCGUACCUGCGAACGACACCCUUGCCCAAGGACAAGACCAGCGCUGCUUGA